AUGAAACUAGAAGAUGAAAUGAAAUUGAUGGUGGCCACUAAACUACUUGAGAAGAGGGCCCGUAUUUGGUGGAACUCAGUGAAAUCUCGUUCUACUACUCCUUUGACCUGGUCAAAUUUUCUGCAAGAGUUCGACGGCCAGUAUUAUACUUAUUUUCAUCAAAAGGAAAAGAAGAGGGAAUUCUUGAGUCUAAAACAUGGGAAUUUGACAAUAAAGAAGUAUGAGGCUUGUUUUAACGAGCUAAUGUCUUAUGUGCUUGAUCUGGUGAAGACUGAGCAGGAUCAGGCUAAUUACUUUGAGGAAGGGCUCCGAAAUGAAAUCAGAGACCGUAUGACAAUAAUAGGUAAGGAGUUGUAUAAAGAGGUUGUGCAGAUGGCUCUACGGGCUGAGAAGCUUGCGAUUGAGAAUAGGAGGAUUCGGGUCAAGUUUGCUAAAAGGAAGAAUCUGAAUAUAUCUUCGAGUCAGCCAUCGAAAAAGGGGAAGGAUUUAUCUACUUCAGGGAUCGCUACCAUUGCUUCAGUAGCAUCUACUCGACCCCCAUCUCAACAGUCGCAACAAAAGUCUCCUAGAUUCAAUAGAUCAGCGACGAGUGCUCUUGGGAAAAGUUAUAGGAGUUUUGACAGAUGUAUAGACUGGUUGACUACACAUCGGGCAAAAGUGGAUUGUUUCAGGAAGGAAGUUGUACUUCGAAAUUCUGAGGGAGUAGAGGUUGUAUUUGUAGGGGAACGUCGAGUAUUACCAUAUUGUGUAAUCUCGUCUAUCAAAGCUUUGAAACUAGUGCGAAAAGGGUAUCCUGUUUAUUUGGCAUAUGUGAUUGAUACCUCAAAGGGGGAACCUAAGUUAGAAGAUGUCCUAAUAGUAAACAAGUUCUCUAAUGUGUUUCCGGAUGAGUUACUAAGACUACCUCCUGAUCGAGAACUUGAGUUCACUAUUGAUUUAUUUUCAGGUACCACACCUAUUUCCAUUCCUCCGUAUCGAAUAGCUUCAGCAGAGUUAAAGGAGUUGAAAGUCCAGCUGCAAGAAUUAGUAGACAAGGGUUUUAUUCGCCCUACUUUUAUGGACGUCAUGAAUAGGGUGUUCCACCCGUACUUGGUUAAGUUCGUGAUAGUAUUCAUAGAUGACAUUCUGUUGAAGGAAGUGGUUUUCUUGGGACAUGUUGUGUCUGGAGUUGGAAUUUAUGUCGAUCCCAAGAAGAUUGAGGCAAUCUUACCGUGGGAGCAACCAAAAACGGUGACAGAGAUUCGAAGUUUCCUUGGUUUAGCCUGUUACUAUAGGAGGUUCGUUCAAGGGUUCUCAUUGAUAGCUACUCCUCUAACUCAUUUGACUCGUAAAGGAGUCAAAUUUGAGUGGGAUGAUGUCUGCGAAAGUCAAUUUCAGGAGUUGAAGAACCGGUUGACCUCCGCUCUCAUUUUGACACUUCUUGUUAGUGGAAAAGAAUUUACGGUGUACAGUGAUGCCUUUGAAUUAAGAUUAGGGUGUGUGUUAAUGCAAGAUGAGAAAGUAGUAGCUUAUGCUUCUCGACAGCUGAAAAAGUGUGAGACAAAUGACCCUACCCACGAUUUGGAGUUGGCAGCAGAAUUGCAAAAGUCUGAUGAUGAGUUCAAACGGGAAGUUCAAAAGUUGCGAGAUGGAGAAACUAAUGAGUUCAUACUUGGUGAUGACAGUAUUUUAAUGCUUGGGAACCGGGUUUGUGUCCCUAAAGAUGAUCAGCUGAGACGGGUUAUUUUGGAGGAAGCUCAUUCUUUCGCCUAUGCUUUACAUCCAGGAAGCACCAAAAUGUACAGGACUAUCAUGGAAAGUUACUGGUGGCCGGAUCGAGACCCUCGGUUCACUUCUCGAUUUUGGCUGAAAUUCCAAGAAGCUCUUAGAACUAAUUUAAGGUUUAGCACUGCCUUUCAUCCACAGAUAGAUGGUCAAUCUGAAAAGACCAUUCAGACUUUGGAGGAUAUGCUACGGCUUGUGUCAUUGACUUUACGGGGAGUUGGGAUAGACACUUGCCAUUAG